GAGACGGUACACGCGUCCCGUGAUAACGGCCGCUCGGCCAACGCGCCGAGGUGAACGUGUUCCGUGCGGGGGGAAAACGCCGCCGCCGAUCGGCCGUCCGUUUUCCACCGGUCGCGUACCGACCACUCACUCGCCGACCGCCAUGGAUCCGCCGUCCGACGACCAGCCGCUGUUCGACCCGAGCUCGUUGGCCGCGGCCCGGCAACGAUCGACGAUAGACUUCGACGACGGCGACGGUAAAUACCACCUGAGGCCACUUCGUUCCACCGACUUCGCCCGAGGACACCUGGACCUGUUGUCCCAGCUCACCGUCACAGGCGACGUCGACCGAAAAACCUAUGCGGACACGUUCGCCGCGAUGAAAGCCAACGCCGGCACCUACUACAUCAUCGUCGUCGAGGACACGCACCGCGAUCGAAUCGUCGCGUCCGGCUCGUUGGUUUUGGAAAAGAAAUUCAUACACUCCUGCGGUCAACGAGGUAGAAUCGAAGAUAUCGUUGUCGACUCCGACUGCAGAGGAAAACGUUUUGGUAAAAUUGUUGUUCAACAUCUGAUCGCUCUGGCAUGCAUCCUGAAAUGUUACAAGAUUUCACUGGAAUGUAAAGACAGCAAUGUGAAUUGGUAUAGUUCAAUGGGGUUUGUAAGCGAACAUGGAAAUUCAAACUAUAUGCAAAUAAGGUUUGAAGAGUCUGUGAAUUGAUAUUUGAUUGCAAUAAAAAUUGUUUUUCAUUAA